AUGGCAACAGUGGAGCUGGAGAGAAGUGGUUACCUGCUCCUCACGGAGCGGCAACCCGACUGCUUCCCCCAGCACCUCAUGGCGGCGCUUUCCUCGCUGAAAGGCACGCCCUCUCCUGAGCCUGUCCACAAAGACUUCCAUUCUGAGUCUGGAAACAGGACCACAGGGGAGAUGGAGAACUAUGAGCUGAUCCCCUCAAGCCGCGUCAAGUUGCCCGAGCCCCGUGAGGAGGAGAUCCUCCUCCUGGAAGAAGACGUGGUCCGCUACCCACUGUCCGAGCUCGCCUCAGAGCCGCCUCAGAGCCGCCUCAGAGGGGCUGGUACUGGCUACAAGAUGGCCGCCGCUCCCGGGGCCUCGGCCGCGGCCGAGAGCCCAGCGAGGCUCAUCUCGCUGUUGGCCCAUCAGUGGGAGGCCUUGUGCGGCCAGGAGCGGCCCGUGGGGCUCACCGCCGAGGCUCGCCCGGGUGGCAGCUGGUCCUUGUGCCCGCAGUGUCUGGCCCAGAGUCCGCCCGGGGCCGGGAAGCCUUUGCUGUUCUCAAAAUGUUUUCUCUUUCAGUACCCUCUUUUGAUUGUCCUCCCAGAGAAUGUGAACACGAGCAUUCAGUUGGCUGUUUCUAAUCUUGGGGGUGAAGGCGCGGCCCCCGCAGACCUGUGGCCCACCCCCCUACUGCUAUGUGGCCGGCUGCACCAGUGUCCUGUCUUCUGUCGUGGAUGUGCUGUUAACAUGUGUGAGAAGACAGGGAUCCCGGGUCUGGGGGAGCGGGCGGUGAACGUCCAGAGACAGGAACGGGGUUGGGGGUCUGAUGGCACCACCGCGCUGGCCGAGGUGAGAGGCACCGCCCGGCAGAGGCCCGGGUGA